AUGGAGGCGCUGCGCUCCGUUUCCCGCCUCCUCUUUGGCCCCGCCCACCCAGGCCCCGCCCCCGCCAAGCCCCGCCCCUUCUGGGUUAGCCCCGCCCCCGGGGGGGAGGGGCGGCCCCGGGGGGUCCUGGCCGCGACCCUCGGGGAGCUGCGCGAGCAGGCGGGUUCGGUUUUGGGGCUGCCCCGGCCCCCGGUUCUGGCCCUGCUCGAGGACGGGACCCUCAUUGAGGACGAGGAAUUUUUCGGGACCCUCCCCCCCCACACGGCCCUGCAGGCGCUGGGGGAGGGGCAGCGCUGGGAGCCCCCCGAGCCCCGCCCCGCUUUGGCCCCGCCCCCGGCCCCGCCCCCGGCCCCGCCCCCGGAGCUCUUCCGGCUCUCGCUGCUCGGCCCCGCCCGCGGCUCGCGGGGGCGGCUCCAACUGCGCCUGCGCGAGCAGCAAUGGGAGCUGGGCGGGAUCGGCGCCAACGCCGCCGUCAGGGAGCUGCUGCGCCUCCUGGCCGCGCUGUCCCGCGCCCUGGGCCGGGCCCUGCUCGCGCUCUCGGCCGCGCUCCGGCCCCUCCUCGAGAGACCCCAUGGCCGGGGGCUCUGA